GCAGCCUUAGCGGCGGUGACGUGGAGGUGGCUGCUUCAGUGUUGGGGGCUGCCGGGCCUAAGGAGGCGCUGAGAGGUGUUGGGCGACGAUGCUCACCAAGUUCGAGACCAAGUCGGCUCGCGUGAAAGGGCUUAGCUUUCACCCCAAGCGGCCCUGGAUCCUAACAAGCCUGCACAAUGGAGUGAUCCAGCUCUGGGACUAUCGGAUGUGUACUCUCAUCGACAAAUUUGAUGAACAUGAUGGCCCUGUUAGAGGUAUUGAUUUUCACAAGCAGCAGCCACUCUUUGUGUCUGGAGGAGAUGACUACAAAAUUAAGGUCUGGAAUUACAAGCUGCGUCGUUGUCUCUUCACUCUGUUGGGGCACCUGGAUUACAUCCGCACCACCUUCUUCCACCACGAAUAUCCUUGGAUCUUGAGUGCAUCUGAUGAUCAGACCAUUCGGGUUUGGAACUGGCAGUCGAGAACUUGUGUUUGCGUGCUGACGGGACACAACCAUUACGUCAUGUGCGCCCAGUUCCAUCCUUCCGAAGACCUGGUGGUAUCAGCCAGCUUGGAUCAGACAGUGCGCGUUUGGGAUAUUUCUGGCCUGAGAAAGAAGAACCUCUCUCCUGGAGCUGUGGAGUCAGAUGUCCGGGGGAUCACGGGUGUAGACCUUUUUGGCACAACCGAUGCAGUAGUGAAGCAUGUCCUGGAGGGACACGAUCGUGGAGUCAACUGGGCUGCUUUCCAUCCCACCAUGCCUCUCAUAGUGUCGGGAGCUGACGAUCGGCAGGUCAAGAUCUGGAGGAUGAAUGAAUCGAAAGCUUGGGAAGUGGACACUUGCCGUGGGCACUACAACAACGUCUCCUGCGCCGUGUUCCAUCCCCGUCAGGAGCUGAUCCUCAGUAAUUCCGAGGACAAGAGCAUCCGUGUCUGGGAUAUGUCCAAACGCACGGGCGUCCAGACUUUCCGCAGGGACCACGAUCGCUUUUGGGUGUUGGCAGCUCACCCCAACCUCAACCUCUUUGCUGCAGGACAUGAUGGUGGUAUGAUUGUGUUCAAGCUGGAACGUGAGCGGCCUGCCUACGCUGUGCAUGGCAACAUGCUCUACUACGUGAAGGACCGCUUCCUCCGCCAGCUGGACUUCAACAGCUCCAAAGAUGUGGCCGUGAUGCAGCUGAGGAGUGGCUCCAAGUUCCCCGUGUUCAACAUGUCGUACAACCCGGCUGAGAAUGCCGUCCUCCUCUGCACUGUAAGUCAAAAUCUUUCCUGGGGUGUGUAGCCUCAGUCUGGGGCUUUGUAGUGAAUAGUGAUAUUUAUAGUUCCAUGUGAUGCCUCUGGCUCUUGAUUUCUUUUUUUCUCUCCUCCAGCUCCUGAAGGGAAACGUUCCUCUGGGCUGACAGCUGUGUGGGUGGCUCGGAACCGCUUUGCGGUCUUGGAUCGGAUGCACUCGAUUCUGAUCAAGAACCUGAAAAACGAGAUCACCAAGAAGGUCCAGGUCCCCAACUGCGACGAGAUCUUCUACGCCGGCACCGGGAACCUGCUGCUGAGGGACGCGGAUUCCAUCACUCUCUUUGACGUGCAGCAGAAACGGACCCUGUCCUCUGUAAAGAUCUCCAAGGUGAAGUAUGUCAUUUGGUCAGCUGACAUGUCGCACGUGGCUCUCCUGGCCAAACACGCCAUCAUGAUCUGCAACAGGAAGCUGGACUCCCUUUGCAACAUCCACGAGAACAUCCGGGUGAAGAGUGGUGCCUGGGACGAGAGCGGGGUCUUCAUCUACACGACCAGCAACCAUAUCAAAUACGCCGUCACCACUGGGGAUCAUGGGAUCAUCCGCACCCUGGACUUGCCGAUUUAUGUGACCCGGGUGAAGGGGAACAACGUCUACUGCCUGGACCGGGAGUGCCGGCCUCGCGUUCUGACCAUCGACCCUACUGAAUUCAAGUUCAAGCUGGCCCUCAUCAACCGGAAGUAUGACGAGGUCCUUCAUAUGGUCCGCAAUGCCAAGCUCGUGGGCCAGUCUAUCAUUGCCUAUCUCCAGAAGAAGGGCUACCCGGAAGUUGCGCUGCAUUUUGUGAAGGACGAGAAGACUCGCUUCAGCUUGGCUCUGGAAUGUGGCAACAUAGAGAUCGCACUGGAGGCAGCCAAAGCCCUGGAUGAUAAGAACUGCUGGGAGAAGCUGGGAGAAGUCGCCUUGCUGCAGGGCAACCACCAGAUUGUGGAGAUGUGCUACCAGCGCACCAAGAACUUCGACAAGCUCUCCUUCCUGUACCUGAUCACAGGCAACCUGGAGAAGCUCCGCAAGAUGAUGAAGAUAGCUGAGAUCCGGAAGGACAUGAGCGGCCAUUACCAGAAUGCCCUGUACCUUGGGGAUGUAGCAGAGAGGGUGAGGAUCCUGAAGAACUGCGGGCAGAAAUCCUUGGCCUAUCUCACGGCCGCAACCCACGGCUUGGAUGACGAAGCCGAGAGCCUGAAAGAGACCUUUGACCCAGAAAAGGAAACGAUUCCAGACAUCGACCCCGAUGCCAAGUUGCUGCAGCCGCCAGCUCCCAUCAUGCCUCUGGACACCAACUGGCCCCUGCUCACUGUCUCCAAGGGUUUCUUUGAAGGAACAAUUGCUAGCAAAGGUAAAGGAGGUGCAUUGGCAGCCGAUAUUGAUAUUGACACCGUGGGCACUGAAGGCUGGGGAGAAGAUGCUGAGCUGCAGCUGGACGAAGAUGGCUUUGUGGAUGCCGGGGAAGGCUUUGGAGACGAAGCCAUGGCUAAAGGCCAAGAAGAAGGUGGCGGAUGGGAAGUUGAAGAGGACCUGGAUCUCCCACCUGAGCUGGAUGUCCCUGCUGGUCCUGCAGGAGGAGCAGAGGAUGGCUUCUUUGUACCUCCCACCAAAGGCACCAGCCCCGCACAGGUUUGGUGUAACAAUUCCCAGCUGCCGGUCGAUCAUGUCCUGGCUGGCUCUUUCGAGACAUCCAUGAGGCUUCUCCACGACCAGGUGGGAGUGACCACCUUCGCCCCCUACAAGCAGCUCUUCCUGCAGACCUACGCACGGGGCCGCACCACGUACCAGGCCUUGCCCAGCCUGCCCUCCAUGUACGGGUACCCUCACCGCAACUGGAAGGAUGCUGGGCUAAAAAACGCCCUCCCGGCGGUCGGCCUGAAGCUGAACGACUUGAUCCAGCGCCUGCAGCUGUGCUACCAGCUCACCACAGCUGGCAAGUUUGAGGAAGCGGUGGAGAAGUUCCGCUCCAUUCUCUUGAGCGUGCCGCUACUCGUGGUGGACAACAAGCAAGAGAUCGCAGAGGCCCAGCAGCUGAUUGCCAUCUGUCGAGAAUACAUUGUGGGGCUGUCGAUGGAAGUGGAGAGGAAGAAACUGCCCAAGGAGACGCUGGAGCAGCAGAAGCGCAUCUGCGAGAUGGCCGCCUAUUUCACCCACUCCAGCCUGCAGCCUGUCCACAUGAUCCUGGUGCUGCGGACCGCCCUGAACCUCUUCUUCAAGCUCAAGAACUUCAAGACGGCAGCCACCUUUGCUCGCCGCCUCCUGGAGCUCGGCCCCAAGCCUGAAGUAGCCCAGCAAACCCGCAAAAUCCUAACCGCGUGCGAGAAGAACCCCACCGACGCCUACCAGCUCAACUACGACAUGCACAACCCCUUUGACAUCUGUGCCGCCUCCUACCGGCCCAUCUACCGGGGCAAGCCGGUGGAGAAGUGCCCGCUCAGCGGUGCCUGUUACUUUCCCGAGUUCCGUGGUCAGAUCUGCAGAGUCACAACUGUAACGGAGAUUGGCAAAGACGUCAUCGGCUUGAGGAUCAGCCCUCUGCAGUUCCGCUGAAGCGAUGUUUCCACCCAAGGAGAUACUUCCACUCCUCUUCGACUUCUUUCCAGUAGCUGAUGGGAUCUUUUUUUUUUUUUUAAGUAUUUCCAUCCCCUUGAACAUGCUUCCUCCCAAAGCCCUGAUGAUCACACACCCCUACGCUAUCCCUGUUCGACGUAGCAGUUCAGUGGCAUGACGAAGUCUCUGUGCCAGACACGCACAGA